GAGUUGUGGAACCGGGCCUUAAUUUUUCAAUGGUGUUCGAUAGGGUUGGCUCAGCUGACUGUGAAAUGUAUCUGUUAAAGGACCAACGAUUAUAAAAAUGAUUUUUUAAACCAUCUUCUGUCGUGCUUCUUAAAAAUUGUGAGCACUUCAUUAUAAAAAUGGCAUUAUCAAUCGGUGCUCGGAUAAAACCACUGUAUGUUGGAGCUCUUGCGGGGUUAUGUAAGGUUAAUGUCAGUGGUGCAAAUGUUAAAAAGAUACAGGUAGCCUUAAUUACUUGCAAAACGGCGCGUGUGAAUAGGCCACCUCGACCACCACCAUUUCCUUAUAAGGAAAAGAAAUUUAAUAGAUAUUAUCAAGUUAGUGACAAGACAUUGGCAAGAUUCGAUGAUAAUUCAAAAAUUGUGGUUGUUGAAGGCUCAAUUGCUGCUGGAAAGGAUAAACUUGCUAGAUAUUUAGCCGAGCAACUGGAAAUGCACUAUUUUCCACCUCCACGUUGGGCAAAUAUUCUAAUAAAUGAACAAGGUUUCGAUCGUAGGUCACUGGAUCACUUGUUUACUAAUACACCUGUGUUACAAACAUGUGAUGAAGAGAGAUUUUGUAGAGAUCCUCAUCAUGUAAACUCAAAUCUUUACCAACAUAUGUACUAUGUCAUGAGAUUUAGUCAAUAUAUAGAUGCGUUAACACAUCUAUUCUCAACUGGUCAAGGUGUUGUACUUCAACGCACCCCUUGGUCGGAUUACGUUUUCAUGGAAGCCAUGCAUAAGGCAGGAUAUGUCUCGAAUGGUUCAUUGUUAUACUAUAAUGAGGUCGUGGACAAUAGUCUUUUCCACCUCAUGCUUCCACAUUUGAUUAUAUAUUUGGAUGUGCCAGCAGAAACUAUAAAGAAAAAUAUUAUGAAACGUGGUAUUCCAUAUGAGGUAGAGGGAAAAGCACUUACAAUGGAAUUUCUUACCAACAUUGAAGAAAAAUAUAAACAUGAGUACUUACCAAAAAUGGCAAAAUCAAGUAAUGUUUUAUUAUACGAUUGGAGUAACGAGGGUGAUUUAGAAGUGGUGAUUGAAGAUAUUGAAAGGUUGAGUUUCGAGGUUACGGAUAGAAAAGAUACAAGAUUUAAGGACUGGGAUCUUAAUCAUCCACACGAAUGGCGUGAGCUGAGGAUUCUUUAUAGUCAAGCCAAGUACUUUCUAAUGCAAACCUGUCUAUCUUUCCGGUUCGAUGUGCCAGAAAUGCUGCUCGAGGGCACUUUGCAAGAAAAAUAUCAUGUGGCUACAAAUCAGAUAUCGAAGCUUAAAUAUACAAAAGGCUAUAAUCCUGAACUGGGUGACAACGUGUUAUUUAAACUGUAGUAAUAUUAUCCCAUUAAAAACUAGUGAAAUUAGUGAACUUUCAGAAUCCCACAGGUACACGCUAUUCCCAAUAAGAUAUCUCAUCCCUAGAAAAUUAAGUACAUGCUCUGUAGUGGACACGUUCAUCUAUUGCAAAUUGGGUUAUCUUGAAUGUGAAGAAAAUUCGUUGAUCAUUAUAAGCAAUUUUUAAUAAUGUAUGUUUUAUUAAAAAAUAUAUUUCAUUUCGAUAUUUACA